UUCUUCGUGUCACUUCUACACUUUAUUGAAGUGUUGAAUCUUUCAACUGUUUUUCUUUAUAGUUGUGACACUCCUGAUUGUAUUCUUAUAUUUUGUUAUUGAUGUGUACAAUGUCCGCUUUGCUGCUGCUUCGCGAACGUAACUCGUUGGUUUGACCCAGGCCUCGCUAGUUGCCAAUGUGCUGAAUAGAUAGCUUCCGCGCAGCAAAAACAACGUCUGCCUCCGACCGGAACGGCACCAGUCGUCGAGUCGUGGGCCACGAGUACCCUUCACAACGGUGCGUCACCUAUUCUUCUUUUCGUUGCAGGACACCAGCAUUCACUCUCCUGUAAUAGUGUGAAUCAGGACUAGCUUGUCGUUGCGUGGGCUCUAUCCGUAUCUCCCCACCCAUAUCUUGCUGCUGUUCUCUGGACAAGCCAGUCACCUCGUUUGUUUUGGCUACCAUUGUGUUCGAACUCUUGGAAAAAGUAUAGCCAAGUAAGUUCCAGAGACUCGGUGGGCUGUUUGACACUGCCCUAGUUGUCACCAACUCUCUGUCCAAAAUGUCUUCCUCCUCGAACACGUCAGAAGAAGAAGGAAAUCAACGGACGAUGGGAACUGAGCCACCCAAGAAUACGCCUCCGUAUAUUCCGGUGGCGGAUUCCAAAGACCAACGACCGACGCUUACUGGACAGGCAUUGGAUGGGAAUCAUCAACAGGUACAGACAGGGCUGCAAGCUGCAGGGACAAAUGUCACUCCAGUACAGCCUGAUGCCAACAAUAGCUUGACACAGCCUGUUGCAAACCAGCCGCAGCCUGUUGAUCAGCAGCACAGCCAUAUUGGACAAUCGGUCAACACUGGUGACUUCAGAGGAGUUAGCUGUGGUACUGAGGGUGGUCAAGGAUCAUCAAUAGUGGAGUCACCAGUGGAGUCACCAGUUGGUAUCCCACCACAUCCGCAACCAACCGUUAGUACUAUGACAUCACCGAACAGUGUCCCAGAACUGCUUGACACGAUGGCUAGCUGUAACCAUCCUGCGGAAAUGCAUGCCGGCCGUCCAGAGACCCCAGUGAACCAUCUAGAACAAGGCAAAGAUUAUCAAUCAGAUAACCUGUCUGAACCUCCAUCGCCAUUGCUUGACGCACAUCCCAGACAUCAGUGUCAUUGGCAUGUGAAUAACGGUCAAGAGUUAUGUGGGGUGACUUUCUCUGAUGUCACCGAACUAGCUGAGCACAUAAGCAACGUUCAUCUCCAACAGCAGGACAAUAAUGAACAUGUCGCACAGGAGGGUGGUAAUAUCCACUUCUGUCACUGGGACCAGUGUGAACACACCAAAGGGUUCAGGUCCAAAAAUAUACUUGUCAAACAUAUACGAGUUCAUACAGGUGAGCGCCCCUUUGUCUGCAAUCAUCCAUCUUGUCAUCCAAGGAAAUCCUUCGCACUUUCCGAAAACCUGAGGAGACAUUACCUGGUCCAUUCAGGGGAAAAAUCGUUUCCUUGCCUGUACCCGGAAUGUACGAAAACAUUCGCCGACUCCCAGGUUCGAAUUAGGCACAUGGCCAUCGUUCACACAGAGGAUAAACCCCACGUAUGCAAGAAACCGGGAUGUACGAAGCGGUUUAGGUAUCCGAACUCGCUUAGAAUGCACUCACUCAAGCGGCAUGGCGUUGAAAAUGCAGCCAAUGACGACAACACAAAGCCAGCAGCGCCAGCGGAAGCAGAAGCAGCAUGAGCAACAGGGCAGCCUACCUACAGCCUAUCAGAACUGACUCAGAACAGACGGCUUGUUCAGCAGCAACAUACUCACUUCCCAUACCCGCCAGCACAUUAGCGGAUGGAACAACAGCCUCAUGGUCAACAUCCACAACAGCAACCCCAGAGAGGCAAUUAUAACCAGUAUCAGCUGCAGCAGCAGCAGAGGCAGUCGCAACAUCAAUAUCAGUACAUGUAUUCACUAUCAGUAGUCCCAAAAACAAUCCCACUCGCCGCCAGCAGCUGCCAAUGCCGCCACGCACAGCACACACACACACAUAUGCGCACACACACGCGCGCACGCACACACAGCAGCAACAGUCAUCUUCGGUGUCUUGCACACAGCAGCACAAGGUGAUUAUUGUCAAUAUGUAGCUAAUCGGCCCUAGUUUGAGGGGGUUCAAUGAUUCUCAUUACCGUAUCUUAUAUUCAAAUAGGAGCUAUGGAAUGUACAGCUGCCAUUUUUAUACUCAAUUAAAGUCAUUUCUGCAUCUUGUCUUCGCUAACAAUGAAAGGCCAGCUUGGAGGUUCUGGCCAUGUAGCGGCAGUAGAAUUAUUGCAGCGGAACUUCCUCAUCCGCACUGCCUUCUGUCUUCGUUCUGCCUGCUUACUGCUGGGAUCGAAUAUCUCUCCGUUUGUUCCGUUACCGUAGAUUUGUUACUGUCUUUUCCUGAUACGAUCCCUCUCUCUCUCCUUCCAUUUAUAGAAUGAUGGUGAAUGGCCCCAAGCCAUUUACCGCUUCUUACUAAUUCACUUUCUCGGCACAUCUGUUACGUGUAUUCCGUAGAAUUGUGCCAUUACUAGUACUGCCCUAGCAGAUUCUACAACUGUUGAAGAAAGUCUCGUCUUAGGCACCAAGUCUUCAACACUCGUACGUUAUAUGUUUUUAAUAAUGAAAUGGCUCACAGCCUCACAGUA